AUAAUUAGCCAACAACGGUGGCGGUAGUGAGCCACAGUUCCAGUGUUUUCUACCUCUGUAAUCCACGAAGAAGACUGACAGCUUCAAAAUGGCGGAAUCAGACCAGCAGUCCGGAGCCAUUUCUGAGAAUGAACCACUUGAGGUCACAACGCCCUUCAUGGUCCCCAAGAAAGAAAUUAGCAUGGUGCCCGACAUGGGCAAGUGGAAGCGGUCUCAGGCUUACGCUGACUACAUGGGAUUCAUUCUGUCUCUUAAUGAAAGUGUGAAGGGAAAGAAGCUAACCUGUAAUUAUAAAGUGUCUGAGACGGUGGAGAAGUUACUGGAUCUUUUGGGGACUCUGGAGCGAUGGAUAAAUGAGACCCCUCCUGUUGACCAGCCAUCCCGUUUUGGUAAUAAAGCCUUCAGAACCUGGUUUGCUCAAUUAGACAAGGAAGCAGAAGUCUUGGUGUCAGCUGUGCUACCCGCUGACAAGCAAGCCGCAGCUCCAGAGAUAGCCGUCUACCUGAAAGAGUCUGUAGGGAACUCGACCCGGAUUGACUACGGAACAGGUCAUGAAGCUGCGUUUGCUACAUUCCUUUGCUGCCUCUGUAAGGUUGGCGCUCUUAAAGCGGAUGACCAGCUCGCUAUUGUUUUCAAAGUUUUUAACAAGUAUCUCUUAGUGAUGCGGAAACUUCAGAGGACCUACAGAAUGGAACCAGCUGGAAGCCAAGGUGUCUGGGGCCUUGAUGACUUCCAGUUCCUACCUUUCAUAUGGGGUAGCUCACAGUUUGUUGAUCACCCAACCCUCGAACCCCGGCACUUUGUUGAUGAGAGGGUGGUCAACGAACAUCAGCAAGACUACAUGUUUCUGGAGUGCAUCAAGUUCAUUAACGAGAUGAAGACGGGUCCCUUUGCCGAGCACUCCAACCAGCUGUGGAACAUCAGCGCUGUCCCUUCCUGGUCUAAAGUCAACCAAGGUCUGAUUAGAAUGUACAAAGCAGAGUGUCUGGAGAAGUUCCCGGUCAUCCAGCACUUCAAAUUUGGGAGCCUGCUGUCCAUCCAGCCGUCGCAGCCGUGACGCCGACGCACGCAUUCAAGGAACGAAUGAAAAAGACCGCAAUUGCCAGCACUCCACCGUUUCCCUUUCUUCCAACAUCUCGUCGUGGAUCGGUAACAAACCUCCGAUCCGGACAAGCGCGCUCGUUGGAGCCGGCAGCGAAAAGCAACUGGAGCGUUGUGCGCGCAACGCAGACAACCACGACAUUCACCCGCAUCGAUCGGCACCUUCCGCACUGCAUGUCACAACGCACCUUUGUCAAAUUAAAAACGCACUUUUUCAUUGCCGUCGGGUUCCAAAUCGGGUCCUAGACCGGCGCGCUCCCAAAUGUCGGAAUCGGCAGCAAUGUGCUUGUGCGUGCGUUCGUUCUGCGUGGUGGCGCGACCAGGUUGAAAACCGUCCAUCGUUUGUGGAGUGGUCGUUUUCUUUAUCAUCUCUCUAUUCCUCUCAUUGUAUUUGCGUCCUGCAUCAACUUUGGAUCCGACUCCGAUUUAGGGGCAAUGAAAUGUUAUUUGUCUGGUUUUUUUGUUUUUUUAUGAGUGCUUUCAGAUUUGCAUCCUGUAGUGACUGAGAAAAAUACUCAUUCAGUCAUGAGAUUGAAUAUACGGUUAUGUGAUUUUUUUUUUUUUGCCAGAUUUGGGGUAUUCUCACUGUAUUGAUUUGAAAGUCAAAUGUUUUCAUAUCUUUCCCGGUGUAAUUUUUUUUUUUGUUGUCUCAUUCGUCUUAACAUAUAAGGCACAAAAAGUCAAUGAAGAAAUCAUUUUUUGAUCUCUCAUUUAAUUUAAUGACGGGUAAAUUAUUGUGCCGUAAACAUGGGCUGCUUUUUUUGAGGGGGGGGGGUACUCAGGUUUGAUAAAAACGAUGAUUGUUGUCCAAAUUCCAACGUUUUUAAACGACGCCAUCUUGUCUCUGUAAUUUCUUUCAAGAGUGAACGCGCAACACCGUGUGUGUGUUUAUUUUUGCAUUCACUUGUGGUGAUGUAAUAAAUGUUGCUGGCUGCACCUUC